AUUUUUAAUGGGCUUGAAUGACAGUUAUGGGACCUUGAUUGGGCAAAUCUUGCUUAUUGAGCCUUUUCCCCCUCUUAGCAAGGUGUGCUCGUUGGUUUUACAAGAAGAGAAAAGGAGAAAUAUUGGCAACACUGUUAAUGUGGUUCAGCAAUUGGAUCCUGUUGCUAUGUAUGUGAAUGGUAGUAAGUCAUUUCAAGGUAAUCAAGGUCAUGCUGGUAAUCAAGGUUAUGCUCGGAAUAAUGGAGGUAAAGGAGGUAACUUCAAGAAGGAGAGACCAAUUUGUACUUACUGUGGCUUCACUGGUCACAUAGCAGAUAAGUGCUACAAACUUCAUGGGUAUCCUCCAGGGUAUAAGCCAAAAGGUGGAAAUAAGGCUAUGGCUAAUCAAAUCACAGGAAGUUUUGGUUUUGAUGGUCUUCCUAAUAUUCAACCUUGUGAUACUAAUCAGUUCAACAUUGGUCUUCAGACUCCUUUUGGUGUUUCACAACCAAAUUUUGGAGGUUUUCUUGGUGGUUUUGGUCCUCAGAAUUGUCAACAGACCACUCAGCCUCAAUGCCCAAUUUCUCAGGUUCAAUGUGAACAGCUUCUCAAUUUUCUAAAGGCUUAUACUGCAUCCAGUUCAGGUUUUGGUACUCCAAAUGGCAUUGGUACUCAGACUGCUUCACAGGUUGCUUCAGUGAUGGCACCUGCUCCUUCUCUUACUACAGCUAAUUCAUUUCCUACAGUUGCUUCAGUUUCUUCAUCUUCUUCCAAUUUCUCAGGACCUUGCUCAAUGGAGCAUGAUUGGUCUGGGUAGGCAAAGCAAUGGUCUAUACUUGCUUCAAGCUUCUAUUCCUCCAUCAAGAUCAGCUGCUCUUGCAAAUAAUGUCAGCCACAUUUCCUCUUUAAAUUUGUGGCAUUCUAGAUUAGGACAUCUUUCUUUGUCAAAACUUCAAUUGUUGAAGCACUUUGUAGAUAUUGAUGUUCAAAAUAAGGCUACUUGCUGUGA